CCUUCCGACGGGGGUGCGGCUCCAGGAAACGGCGCGCUCGCGUCUCGGCGCUCCGGCGACCCGGCGCGCCCCAGACGACCCCACCGACUCAGCCAGACCACCCGGCGGGCCCCGGGCGCGCUAGCGGCCCGAGCGGCCCCGGGUCCGAGUCAACGACACCUCCGCACGGACGGGGCGGGCGGCGCGGAUAGGAGCCGCGGAGGCCAUGGGGACCCAGGCCGGGCCGGCGAUCGCGGGCCAGCGGGAGCCCCGGGUCUGAGGAGCGGACGGCGGGGGCGGCGAGGGCCAUGACCUCGGUGUGGAAGCGCCUGCAGCGCGUGGGCAAGCGGGCCGCCAAGUUCCAGUUUGUGGCCUGUUACCACGAGCUGGUGGUGGAGUGCACCAAGAAAUGGCAACCAGAUAAGCUGGUGGUGGUAUGGACCCGGCGGAACCGACGCAUCUGCUCCAAGCCCCACAGCUGGCAGCCGGGCAUCCAGAACCCGUACCGGGGCACCGUGGUGUGGAUGGUACCGGAGAACGUGGACAUCUCCGUAACUUUAUACAGGGACCCCCACGUGGACCAAUAUGAGGCCAAAGAGUGGACAUUUAUUAUUGAGAAUGAGUCCAAGGGGCAGCGGAAGGUGCUGGCCACGGCUGAGGUGGACCUGGCACGCCACGCAGGGCCCGUGCCUGCCCAGGUCCCGCUGCGGCUGCGGCUGAAGCCCAAGUCGGUGAAGGUGGUGCAUGCCGAGCUGAGCCUCACUCUCUCCGGGGUGCUGCUGCGGGAGGGCCGCGCCACGGACGAUGACAUGCAGAGUCUUGCAAGUCUCAUGAGCGUGAAGCCUAGUGACGUGGGCAACUUGGACGACUUUGCAGAGAGUGACGAGGAGGAGGCUAAUGGUCCAGGGCCCCCUGAGGCACGGGCUCGUGUCCCCCCACCAGGCCGGGGCGGUGCCCUGAGGCUGGGGCGUUCCUCAGAUCCCUCUCGGGAGCUGAGGACACUCUGUGAGGAGGAGGAGGAGGGCCGAGUACAGCCCCAGCAGGCAGCUGCCAGCCCUGCUAGUGCUGAGGAUACCAGCCCAGCCCCUGUGAGUGGCCCUGCGCCUCCAGCCAGGGCCUCCCGGGGCCAGGGGGCAGAACCAUCUACUGUGGCUGGGGGCCCAGUGGGGCCUAAGGCCCCAAGGCCCCCGGGAAUGCCACUGGAGACGAGGUCCUCAAGACAGCCAGGCCAGGAUGUGGCCCCAGCCCCAGCUCCUCGGCUCCGGAAAGGCUCUGAUGCCCCCUGGCCCCCAGUCCCCCAAGGGGAAGACAAGGCCCCCAAAGCCUCAGGGGCUCCCCCAGCAGGCGUGGGUUCUGCUGGGGAGACGCAGGCCCAGGCAAGCCCUCAGGAAGGGACAGAGGCCCCUGCAGCUGGGCCGGCCCCAGGCGCUGAGGACAGAGGCUCCAGAGACUGUUCAGGAGGGCAGAAGCCUGAAGUGCAGGAGGAGGGCGCUGGGGACAGGCCAGAGGAGAGUGGGAUGGACACUGAGCAUGGGUCAGAAGUCAGACAGGUGAACACUAAGAGGUCAGAGGUCAGAGCUGGGGAGACUGAAGACAGUUCAGACGUUAGUCAAGUGGAUGCUGAGCAGAGGUCAAAGGUGAGACAGGUGGACAGUAAGGGACCAGAGGCUACAGGGGUGACAUCUGAGGCAAGAUUCAAGGGAACUCCUGAGGUUCCUCCAAGGGGCUCUCAGGGGAGGAUGGGGGUCAGGACCAGGGAUGAGGUUCCCACAGUCCUGAGCCCACCCCUAGCAGGGUCUGCAGGGCACUCCGGGCAUUUCAGUGACCUCAAAGGGGCCAGGGCUGCUACAGGCCAGGAGAGAGAGGAUGCAGAGGUGAGGGGCGGCGCCCCUGGUGUUGGGGGGACAGGCCUGGAGCAGGGGCCCUCUGUUGGAGCAGCAAGCGCCAGUCCCCAGGUGAGCAGGUGCCAGGGGGCCCCCCCAGCAGCUGACCAGGGGGUGAUGUCUAGGGAUCUGGGGGUCUGGGAGGCAGAAGCUGGGGACUCAAGGGUCCUGGAAACAGAGACUGGGGUGGCAGAGUCAGAGGUAUUGCAGACCCAGGAGAGCGAAGCAGUGGGACCAGGGUUCGCAGAGAUGGAGACUGGGGCGGCAGCGGCUGAGAUAUUGGGGGCUCAGGAGACAGAGACCGUGACUCCAGGGGUCCUGGAGUCAGAGGCUGCUGGGAUGGUAGAGCCUGAGGAACUGGGGACCCAGAAAACAGACGUGAGGAUUUCAGGGGCCCUGGGGACAGAGGCUGGGACAGCAAAGUGUGGGGUCCUGGGGACCCAGGAAACAGAGGCUGAGGGCUCAGGAGUUCUGGGAACAGAGACUAGGAGGGCAAAGACUGAGAUAUUGGGGACCCAGGAGAUAUCUGGGAGUCCAGCGGUACUGAAGAUAGAAGCUGAGAUAGCAGAAUCUGAAAUAUUGGGGGCCCAGGAGACAGGGGUGGGGGUUUCAGGAGUACCAGAGACAGAGGCUGGGAGGGCAGAGGCUGAGGCGCUGGGGACCCAGGAGCUGUCUGGUGAUUCAGUGGUACUGAGGAUAGAAGCUGAGAUAGCAGAAUCUGAAAUACUGGGGGCCCAGGAGACAGAGGUGGGAGGUUCCCGGGUACUAGAGACAGAGGCUGGGAGGGCAGAAUCUGAAAUAUUGAGGGCCCGGGGGACAGAGGUGGGAGUUUCAGGGGUCUCAGGCAUAGAAUCUGAGAGAGCAGGCAUCCGGGAGACAGAGGUAGAGGGUUCAGGGGUCCCACAGUUUGAGAGUGAGACAGCAGAGGCUGAGGUGCUGGGGACCCAGGAGAUAGCAGCCAGGGGUUCAGGGGCCUCAAGGAUGGAAGCUCAGAUAGCAGGGACCCAGGAGACAGAGCUGGGGGGUUCUCGGGUGCCAGAGACAGAGGCUGGGAGGGCAGAGGCUGAGGGGCUGGGGACCCAGGAGCUGUGUGGUGAUUCAGCGGUACUGAGGGUAGAAGUUGAGAUAGCUGGGGCCCAGGAGACAGAGGUGGGGGUUUCAGGAGUCUCAGGCAUAGAAUCUGAGGGAGCAGCCAUCCGGGAGACAGAGGUAGAGGGUUCAGGGGUCCCAGAGUUUGAGAGUGAGACAGCAGAGGCUGAGGUGCUGGGGACCCAGGAGAUAGCAGCUAGGGGUUCAGGGGCCUCAAGGAUGGAAGCUCAGAUAGCAGGGACCCAGGAGACAGAGCUGGGGGCUUCAGGGGUCUCAGGGCCAGAGGUUGGAAUGGCAGAGACUGAGGGACUAGGGACUCAAGAGACGGAACCUACAGUUUUAGAGGCUGAGAAGGCAAAGGCUAAGACUUCGAGGGUCCAGGAGGCAGGGCUCCUGGGGAGCCUCACAUACGAGGCUUUAAGGGCCCGGGUCACUAAGCGUGGAGUUUUAGGCACUGAGGGAGCAGAAGCAGAGACUACAGUUUUGAGGGUCCAGGAGGCAGAGGAUGGGAUUUUGGGGGUUUCAGAAGCCAAAUCUGUGGUUUGGGAGCCCCAGGAAGCAGAGACGGAGGUUUUAGGGCCUCCAGAGAACCAAUCUGAUAUUUUUGAGACCCAGGAAGCAGAGGUUGGGGUCUCAGGAACCGAGAAGGGAAAAGAAGCUGAGGGGAACCUCACAGAGGCCAGCCUGAUUGAGCCUCAGCUGGCCAGUGGGGCAGGGACUGGGGUGCCCAGGCCCUCGGGGGCCUCUUCCCCAGAGGAGCCUGAAGAGGACAGGAGGCUGCCGGGCAGCCAGGCACCACCUGCCCCGGUCAGCUCCAGCCAGUCGCUGCUGGAGUGGUGCCAGGAAGUCACCGCUGGCUACCGUGGAGUCCGAGUCACCAACUUCACUACAUCGUGGCGCAAUGGCUUGGCCUUCUGUGCCAUCCUGCACCGAUUCUACCCAGACAAGAUUGACUAUGCGUCCCUGGACCCACUCAACAUUAAACAGAACAACAAGCAGGCCUUCGAUGGCUUCGCGGCCCUGGGCGUAUCGCGGCUGCUGGAGCCUGCGGACAUGGUGCUGCUGUCGGUGCCCGACAAGCUCAUCGUCAUGACGUACCUGUGCCAGAUCCGCGCCUUCUGCACGGGGCAGGAGCUGCAGCUGGUGCAGCUGGAGGGCGGCGGCGGCGCUGGCACCUACCGCGUGGCUAGCGCCCAGCCGAGCCCACCCGACGCCCUGGACGCCGGCGGCCUGGCGCAGCGGCUGCGCGAGCACCGGGCCGAAGCGCCCGAGGAGCCCAGGGAGCCCAGGGAGGCCGCGAGCCGCGCGGACGGGGCGGCCCCCAAGGCGGCCUCCAAGGACCACGGGGCCGAGGCCGCCCAGGAGGCGCGCGCCGCGGAGGCCCCCGCCGACGGCGCCGGAGCCCGGGCCUCCGUGCCCCCCGCCGAGGGGCUGGCGAACGGGGCGGGGGCGCCGGGCGCCGGGGGCGGCGUGAGGCUUCGGCGGCCGUCGGUCAACGGGGAGACCGGGCCCGUGCCCCCGCCCCGGGCGCACGGCUCCUUCUCCCACGUGCGCGACGCCGACCUGCUCAAGAAGAGGCGCUCGCGGCUGCGGCACAGCAGCUCCUUCUCCGGGGACGAGCCGGACUCGGGAGCCGCGGGCGCUGCCGGCGCCGGAGCCGCGGCUGCGGAAGGCCUGAACCCUGCCCCCAGCCCUGCCCCCAGCCCAUCCACAGCCACAGCCCCACAGCAGCUCUCUGGUGGGAGUCCCCCAUCGGAGGAGCCACCCCCAAGCCCAGGGGAGGAGGCUGGGCUGCAACGGUUCCAGGACACAAGUCAGUAUGUGUGUGCGGAGCUGCAGGCCCUGGAACAGGAGCAGAGGCAGAUAGAUGGGCGGGCCGCCGAGGUGGAGACACAGCUGAGGAGCCUCAUGGAGUCAGGUGCCAACAGGCUGCAGGAGGAGGUGCUGAUCCAGGAGUGGUUCACACUGGUCAAUAAGAAGAAUGCUCUCAUCCGGAGGCAGGAUCAGCUGCAGCUGCUCAUCGAGGAGCAGGACUUGGAGCGGAGGUUCGAGCUGCUGAGCCGGGAGCUACGGGCCAUGCUGGCCAUCGAAGACUGGCGGAAAACGGCCGCGCAGCAGCACAGGGAGCAGCUCCUGCUGGAGGAGCUGGUGUCGCUGGUGAACCAGCGCGACGAGCUGGUCCGGAACCUGGACCGCAAGGAGCGGAUCGCCCUGGAGGAGGACGAGCGUCUGGAACGCGGCCUGGAGCAGCGGCGCCGCAAGCUGAGCCGCCAGCUGAGCCGGCGCGAACGCUGCGCGCUGAGCUGAGGCCGCGGGGCCCGGGAGUCCUCGCCCUCCCGGCCCUUCGGACCGCAGCUUUUCUCGUCGUCCCGGGCCUGCGCUCCGGAGGACCGGACCCUCCCAGACGCCGCGCACGGCCUGGAGGGGCCCCGUCGCGGGGAGGGGGUAGGAAAGCCCCUCGGCCCCGUGGGACAGGAGCGGCUGGGCGGCCGCGCCGUCCGGGCCGUAUUUAUUGUCCGUGUGAGUGUGAGUGUGAGUGGGUGUGGGUGUGUUGGCGGGGCUGGGGCCCGGGAGCGCCGCGCAGAACCCUCCCCGACGGCAAGGUCCAAGCCGACCGGCCCCGGGGAGAGGGAUGACCGCGAGCUGCCGCGCCUCCGCCCUCCCCUUCCUGUUGCUGGAGAGCAAUAAAGUUCGGGAAGGCUACA